ACACUUGAUUGUUAAAUUAAUUGAAAUGAAGAUUGAUUUUUAUCUUCUAUUGUUAUAGCUGGUGUUAUCUGUAUCUCUUGUCUUGAUCAAACUUUUAUCUAUAUAAAAUAUUUGGAACAUUAGUAUUGGAAAAGGUAAUAAAUAUAGAGCCGUUUAUUUUUUUAUAAACCACAAGAUUAAAGAACAGGCUAAGGAUUUAACUAAAGGGUUAGCAACAAAGACGAUAAUAGGAAUACUGAACAAGUUUAAUAUCUUAUAUUAAGCAAACUUUUAAUAACUUAAUUUUGAGAGGCUAUAAAUAUAUAAGCCGGAGUAGUAUAAAUCAAUCUUAGAUAUUAAGAUGAACACACAAAUUUUUGCAAUAGUAAUCGCCUUUUUGGCAUAUCAGGUUAAUUCAACUGAAAUUAAAAGCCUUCGCAACAUAAUCGACGAAGCAGAAAAGCAGCUUAAAGAACUAAAGAGUAUUGUUCAAGGCAACAUUUUGGCAGCUCAUAACAAUCUUAAAAGCCUAGAGUACGAUUUUUUGUCCAACAGCCAUAAUGUCAUCACGCAAGGAGUUGUUUUAAUCCAACAAGAAUCAGAAACUAUCAACGACCAAAUACAAUCUAUUAAAGACCUAGCACACGCCGCUCAUAAAGAUAUUUCGUUUUGUACCGACAUUCGUGAAGAACUUCUCAACAGAUUACCGGCUGAAUAUGGUGAACAACUCAGACAAUGCGUUUUUCAUUUGAAUCGAGAAGAAGCAAAUUUUGUGUCUGAAGCAAAGUAUGUGAUAGAUAUUUCCUUCAAUAAGGUGCAUCAUCUUGAACAUCAGUUUGAACAAUGCAAUAGGGAAAUUUUAUGCAUUUCACCACUGUUAACGGAAAUUCAACUGGACAAAAUUCGUUUGCCUCAGAAUAUUAAAACUGAAGUUAGUACAGUUGAAAGUCUUUUGACUUCUCUUAAAACAUCGGCUACUCAGUGCUCAGAUAAUUUUGUUUCCCAAUAUACCAGCGAUGCUAAUUCCAUUCUCCAAGUUAUAAUCAGUUGUGCAAACAGAAUUAUUGGAUAAAACUGUAAUAAAUCUAUUUUGAACUUA